GACGGAGACCGGCGCGCGAGCGGCAGCAGCAGCCGCAGCUGCAGGCACAUCUGGAUCGUGACAUUUAUUGGAUUGUGCUCCUGUCGAUUUGUUCAGAUGAAGAAGAGGAGAGGGCACGUCACCGCUGAAUGAAACGGAGAGGAUCUGAACUCGUGGGCUUGUUUUCGUGCAGUUUACAGAGGAGAGGAGAGGAGAGGAGAGGAGGCUGUCAGCGUCUGUCCAGAGAGACAGAGACAGAGAGACAGAGAGACAGAGAGAGCUGCAGGUGAUCCAAGCAGAAUCUUCCAGCCCUUGUCCUGUUCAUGGCAAAGAUGAGCUGGACUGCUGGGACUCAGUGUGUGGCCAAAGGAGACCACAGAAAAGCCAAACCUGGAGAACUGGCUUAUCACAAAGGAGACAUCUUCACUAUUGUGGACAUUAGCACGAGGAAGGGUUUUUACAAAGCCAGACACAACACCACAGAGAAAGAGGGGCUCAUCAACUCCACCAGUGUCCGUGAAAGAGAGGCUCUACGUGUCAACCCCAGCCUCAGCCUCAUGCCCUGGUUCCACGGGAAGAUCUCUGGUCCAGAGGCGGUGUGUAAGCUGCAGCCAGCUGAGGACGGCCUGUUCCUGGUGCGAGAGUCGAUCCGCCACCCCGGCGACUACGUCCUGUGCGUCAGCGUCUCUGGAGCGGUCGUCCACUACCGAGUGAUUUAUCAGGACAACAAGCUGACUAUCGACAACACGCAGUUUUUCUACAACCUUAUCGACAUGAUUGAGUUCUACUCAAAAUACAAAGGCUCCAUUGCUACGACUCUUCUCAAGCCCAGACAAAAACAAGGAGCCAAGUCAGCUGAGUUAGAGCUGUCCAAAACUGGAUGGCUGCUGGACAACGCAAAGCUCACACUGGGGGAGAAGAUUGGAGAGGGGGAGUUUGGUGCUGUGCAUGAAGGAGAGUACAUGGGCCAGAAGGUGGCAGUAAAGACCAUUAAAUGUGACGUCACAGCCCAGGCCUUCCUGCAGGAGACAACCGUUAUGACGAAGCUCCAGCAUAAAAACCUGGUGCGUUUGUUGGGCGUCAUUCCUCACAAAGGGCUCCAUAUUGUCACAGAGCUCAUGGGCAAGGGAAACCUCGUUAAUUUUCUCAGGACAAGGGGACGUUCAGUUGUCACCUCAGUUCAGCUGCUCGGCUUUGCACUUGAUGUGUGUGAAGGGAUGGAGUACCUGGAGUCUAAGAAGCUGGUUCACAGAGACUUGGCAGCUCGUAACGUCCUGGUCUCUGACGACAUUGUGGCCAAGGUCAGCGACUUUGGUCUGACCAAGGUGGACUUCAAGGUGUCAGAUAACAUCAAGCUGCCGGUCAAAUGGACCGCCCCCGAAGCUCUGAAGAAAGAGAAAUUCUCCACAAAGUCAGAUGUCUGGAGUUACGGUGUUCUUCUGUGGGAGAUCUUCUCAUACGGUCGUCUGCCCUACCCGAAGAUGUCUUUGAAGGAGGUAAAGGAAAGAGUGGAGGCAGGUUAUCGGAUGGAGGCUCCAGAAGAUUGUCCUCCUGACGUUUACUCCCUAAUGACCAUUUGCUGGGAGCAGGAGCCGCGCAGAAGACCUGCUUUCCACAAACUGAGGGAGAAACUUGAGCGGGUGAUGGGGAAACACAGCCCGGGCCCUGGGUCAGAGCGUCGGGAUGGGAUCCAGUCUGCCUCUGGAUGCUGAUCCUGGUCUUUAACUCACCAUGGUGGAAAGAAAAGUGACGACACUUGGGCCGCUAACCCCGCUCAUUGUGCAUCACAUGAAAAGAUCCAGCCUAAAUGCUCCUUUGCACCCAACAGUCUAACUGGAUUCCUUUGGAUAUGACAAGACAAUGACUCUGGUCUGAUGUAAUGCCAGAAAAGAUUUUGUAGUUGGAGGCUUGAACAUAAUAACUUGGCUUCAGUGGGUCUGAGCGAAGCGAAAAUGGUUGAAUCAUAUCCUGACAUGGUCAUUUUAAUACUGAGGCUGAAAUUCAAAGACUGUUGGAUGGAUUGUCAUGAGACAGAUAAUCCUCGUCCUCAGAGGAUAAAUCCCAAUCAUCUUAAAGAUCUCAACCACUGGAUGGAUUGCCAUGAAAACGUGCACACACGAUUAAUUCUAAUGUUCACUUUUAUGGCUAAAUACCUUUAAAGCCACAGACUGUAUAUAAAGAUGGACAAAAUGACCGCUCACUAAAAGCGAAGCCAAAGCGACUUGAUCACCACCUGGUGGCUGGCUGCAGUACAGAUCAUAGAUCCCACCCCCUCCCUGGUAGGAGAUGUGAGAUGAGCCAAACUCAAAAGUCAAACUUCUUCUCAAAUAAGUGUUUGUCAAAGAUGGUUUAUGUCAGUUUGGCUCUAUCUCAUCACAAUGAUUUAUGUCCAACUGUUAAUUUAAUUUAAUUUAGUCAUUUGAUGCUAUAAAAAUGUGCAAUGAUUGACAGCUGAGACUGACUCCCAAUUGGUUGAGCGUCGAGCGACUGCUACUGCGCAGACUCUGGCUCUAAAUACACUAGAUGUUCGUAUCCAGGAUCUUUUCCUUCUCUUCCGGACAGUGAGAGGAAGUGAAGACGCGUCCUUACAGUGUUGAUUUUGUGUCUAUUCUUGGGAUUUAUUGACAGUAAGAAAAACACAAAGCACCAGUAUCACCCUUAAGCAAUAUUGUAAAGCAUUAUGAUGAUACAGUCAAGUCUUAUAAUGUUUGUUGAAACGUUUUACAUUGAUUUUAAAUCUCAUGAUGAUAUGUCAUGUGUUUGAAUGUCAGAAUGUCAAAAAAGAAGAGUAAAUACUGGUUAUUUGCAGGUAAUGUCAGGGAGAGAUGUCAGAAAAAAGAUGAAACAUAUAAAAUGAAGAAAGAAGACCAAUGUUCAUCCUGGAUUUAAUCACCAGAUCAGUACAAUCUGCUUGUACCCCAGCAUUAGGCUCAGCAAUAUGCCACGGACUCAGGGCUUAGUGUGACAAAUAUUUGAUGUCAUUUCUGGUCGAUAACAAGUAAAGUUGGUUUAAAAAACAAAAAAAAUGUUUUUGCUUGUGCACAGAGAUGAUUAGGAGAAGUGUGGCUGCUCAUUUUCAGCAGAUACUCUUUAGUCCUUUGGUCAAUACAGUAGCUUUUUGACUUCUGUGAAUGCCAGAUGUUUAAAAUUAACUCAUCUAAGAAACCAAGCCUGUUGUUGCCACUUUGUGCUCCACACUCCACUGGGCAGGAUACUAGAGGGGGACUUUGAUUCAUUUCUUUCAAUUUUAAUUCAGUGUAUUUAAAUUGAAUUUGUUUUGUCAGACUAAAUCUAAAGGAAAUUCGUUAUUUAUUACUCAUUUCUGUUCCGUCUGUAUUUGGAUUUUGAGAUUAUAGGAGCGACCUCGUGUUAUCUGCUUUCCACUACUCUCAUCUCCAGAGAGCUCUUGGGAUUUUUGCUGGUACAGAAUGUUUCAUGCUUUCUUAUUCUUGGACGGGAGUUUUAUUAUUUUACAUAUAAAGUUAAAUUAUUCUAUUUAUUAGAAGACAUAUAUCACUAAUUUCACAUCUAAUAGACACGCAAUGAAAUGUAAGAUUAAUACACUUUUCAAGCUCAAAACACACCACAUGCGAAAACCUCCUUUUUUGGAUUAUUGUCACGUCACAAGACUAAAUUAAAGAUGUCAUUUCAUUUUAAGUCUAUGUAAGCCUGGUUUUUGUCUGUGUCCCAGGAGAUGGACCCCAAAUUGAGGCUUGAUCCUUUAUCUGUUGUUAUCAUGCAGCGCUGACGAGGAUCCUCCACGAUUUGUUCAAUCUGCUGGGUUUUCCUGAAGCUCUCUAAUGGGAUGAGCAGCAAUUUCCUGCACAAGGAUUUAUUAAGGAACCAAAUGUAAAAAAAAACAAAACAUAAUAAAAGAUUUGCUGUCUUUAAA